AUGCAGGAUGCUCCCGCAGAGUUGCCGCAAGCUCCUGUAGAGUCGCCGAAUGCUUCUACACAGACUGUUUUUGUGGAGAGGCAUUUAGCUGACCCCAAUGUCAUUGCCAGCGCAUUUCCCUUGACUUCAUUUUCUGGGGAGAGUGCUGAGCAAUGUAGUAUAUGCUUGAUCGACUUUGAAGAAGGAGAACUCCUACGAGUUCUUUCUUCUUGCGAUCACAGAUUUCAUCAUGAUUGUAUCCGUGAAUGGAUAUCAUGUGGUGGUAUGCAUUGCCCUUUAUGUCGCCGAGACUACAGUAUUAUAGUUGACUUAAUUCUUCUAGGGCUUGAUGUGGACUGUUGA